GCCGCGGCAGCCGCGGCGCUGGGCCGGGAGGAGGCCGACCAGGGUGCGGAGCGGCCCCGACCGGGCCCGCGGGGGGAGAUGGCGUCCUACGUGGAUAACAGUUUCCGCCAGGCGGUGAUGAAGAACCCCGCCGAGAGGACCCCCCAGGAUCUGGAAAUAGUGUAUUCCUAUCUACACGGUAUGGAAGCCUUAUCAAACUUGAGGGAGCAUCAACUUAGGUUGAUGUGUGAAACUGUGAGAUAUGAAAGACAUGAAGCCAAUGAAGUUUUAUACUAUCCUGAUGAUAUCGGAACCUGCUGGUAUAUCCUUCUCUCCGGUUCUGUGUUUAUCAAGGAAUCCAUGUUUCUUCCAAGGAGCAGUUUUGGCAAACGUUCUGCAGGAAGCUUUAGGCGUGGCUGUGAAUGCAUUGUUUUAGAGCCUUCUGAAAUGAUUGUGGUGGACUAUAUGGAUGAAAAUGAAGAAUAUUUUCAGCGCCAAGCUUCUCAUCGACAGUCUCGAAGGAGGUUCCGGAAAAUCAACCAGAAAGGUGAAAGACAAACUAUUAUUGACACUGUGGACCCUUACCCCGUCGGCAAACCACCUUUACCUCGAGGCUAUCAUACGGAAUGCACUAAAUCUCAGCUUCCUGCAGAUUUCACCAAACUGCACCUUACUGAUAGUCUCCACCCACAGGUGACACACGUGUCUUCUAGCCAUUCAGGAUGUAGCAUCACCAGUGACUCUGGGAGCAGCAGCCUUUCAGAUAUCUACCAGGCCACAGAAAGUGAGGCAGGUGAUAUGGACUUGAGUGGUCUGCCAGAAACAGCAGUGGAUUCUGAGGAUGAUGAUGACGAAGAAGACAUUGAGAGGGCAUCGGAUCCUCUCAUGAGCAGAGACAUUGUAAGAGAUUGCCUAGAAAAGGACCCAAUUGACAGGACGGAUGAUGACAUCGAACAACUCUUGGAAUUCAUGCACCAGUUGCCUGCUUUUGCCAAUAUGACAAUGUCAGUGAGAAGGGAACUCUGUGCUGUGAUGGUGUUUGCUGUGGUAGAGAGAGCUGGGACCAUAGUGUUAAAUGAUGGUGAAGAGCUGGAUUCCUGGUCAGUGAUUCUGAAUGGAUCAGUGGAAGUGACUUAUCCAGAUGGAAAAGCAGAAAUAUUAUGUAUGGGGAAUAGUUUUGGUGUCUCUCCUACCAUGGACAAAGAAUAUAUGAAAGGAGUAAUGAGAACAAAGGUGGACGAUUGCCAGUUUGUCUGCAUAGCCCAGCAAGAUUACUGCCGUAUUCUCAAUCAAGUAGAAAAGAAUAUGCAAAAAGUUGAAGAGGAAGGAGAAAUUGUUAUGGUGAAAGAACACCGAGAGCUUGAUAGAACUGGAACAAGAAAGGGACACAUUGUCAUUAAGGGCACUUCAGAGAGAUUAACAAUGCAUUUGGUGGAGGAGCAUUCAGUGGUGGAUCCAACAUUUAUAGAAGACUUCCUUUUGACCUAUAGAACUUUUCUUUCCAGCCCAAUGGAAGUGGGCAAAAAGUUAUUGGAGUGGUUCAAUGACCCGAGCCUCAGGGAUAAGGUUACACGGGUAGUACUAUUGUGGGUGAAUAAUCACUUCAAUGACUUUGAAGGAGAUCCUGCAAUGACUCGAUUUCUAGAAGAAUUUGAAAAUAAUCUGGAAAGAGAGAAAAUGGGUGGGCAUCUAAGACUGUUGAAUAUUGCAUGUGCAGCAAAAGCAAAAAGAAGAUUGAUGACACUGACAAAACCAUCUCGAGAAGCUCCUUUGCCUUUUAUCUUACUUGGAGGCUCAGAGAAGGGAUUUGGAAUCUUUGUUGACAGUGUAGAUUCAGGUAGCAAAGCAACUGAAGCAGGCUUGAAACGAGGGGACCAGAUAUUAGAAGUAAAUGGUCAAAACUUUGAAAAUAUUCAGCUGUCUAAAGCCAUGGAAAUUCUUAGAAAUAACACACACUUAUCUAUCACUGUGAAAACCAAUUUAUUUGUAUUUAAAGAACUGCUAACAAGAUUAUCUGAAGAAAAACGAAAUGGUGCACCUCACCUUCCUAAAAUUGGAGACAUCAAAAAGGCCAGUCGCUACUCUAUUCCAGAUCUUGCUGUAGAUGUAGAACAAGUGAUAGGACUUGAGAAAGUAAAUAAAAAAAGCAAAGCCAACACUGUCGGAGGAAGGAACAAGUUAAAAAAGAUUCUUGACAAGACUCGGAUCAGUAUAUUGCCCCAAAAACCAUAUAAUGAUAUUGGGAUUGGUCAGUCUCAAGAUGAUAGCAUAGUAGGAUUAAGACAGACCAAGCAUAUCCCCACUGCACUGCCUGUCAGUGGAACCUUAUCUUCCAGUAAUCCUGAUUUAUUGCAGUCCCAUCAUCGCAUUUUGGACUUCAGUACUACUCCCGACUUACCAGAUCAAGUAUUAAGGGUUUUUAAGGCUGAUCAACAAAGUCGAUAUAUCAUGAUAAGUAAGGACACCACAGCGAAGGAAGUGGUCAUUCAGGCCAUUCGGGAGUUUGCUGUGACUGCCACCCCGGACCAAUAUUCACUAUGUGAAGUUUCCGUCACACCUGAGGGAGUAAUUAAGCAAAGAAGACUUCCAGAUCAGCUCUCCAAGCUUGCUGAUAGAAUACAGCUGAGUGGAAGGUAUUAUUUGAAGAACAACAUGGAAACAGAAACCCUUUGCUCGGAUGAAGAUGCUCAGGAAUUGUUGAGAGAGAGUCAAAUUUCCCUACUGCAGCUCAGCACUGUUGAAGUUGCCACACAGCUCUCUAUGCGAAAUUUUGAACUCUUCCGCAACAUUGAACCUACAGAGUAUAUAGAUGAUUUAUUUAAACUCAAAUCAAAAACCAGCUGUGCCAACCUGAAGAAAUUUGAGGAAGUCAUUAACCAGGAAACGUUUUGGGUAGCUUCUGAAAUUCUAAGGGAGACAAACCAGCUGAAGAGGAUGAAGAUCAUUAAACAUUUCAUCAAGAUAGCACUGCAUUGUAGGGAGUGCAAGAAUUUUAACUCAAUGUUUGCAAUCAUAAGUGGCCUGAAUCUGGCUCCAGUAGCGAGACUACGAACCACCUGGGAAAAACUACCCAAUAAAUAUGAAAAGCUAUUUCAAGAUCUCCAAGACUUGUUUGAUCCUUCUAGAAACAUGGCAAAAUAUCGCAAUGUUCUCAAUAGUCAAAACCUACAACCUCCCAUAAUCCCUCUGUUCCCUGUGAUCAAAAAAGAUCUCACGUUCCUUCAUGAAGGAAAUGACUCCAAAGUUGAAGGACUAGUUAAUUUUGAGAAACUAAGGAUGAUCGCAAAAGAAAUUCGUCAUGUUGGCCGCAUGGCUUCUGUUAACAUGGACCCUGCCCUCAUGUUCAGGACUCGGAAGAAGAAAUGGAGGAGUUUGGGGUCUCUCAGCCAGGGUAGUACAAAUGCAACAGUGCUAGAUGUUGCUCAGACAGGUGGUCAUAAAAAGCGCGUACGGCGUAGUUCCUUUCUCAAUGCCAAAAAGCUUUACGAAGAUGCUCAAAUGGCUCGAAAAGUGAAACAAUACCUGUCCAAUUUGGAGCUAGAAAUGGAUGAAGAGAGUCUUCAAACAUUAUCGCUGCAGUGUGAGCCAGCAACCAACACACUACCCAAGAAUCCUGGUGACAAAAAGCCUGUCAAAUCCGAGACUUCCCCAGUGGCUCCCAGAGCUGGGUCGCAGCAGAGAGCACAGCCACAGCCCUCGCAGCCCCCACAGAAACUCAACCAAGCUCUGCAGGUGCCAGCCGUGUCCCUUUACCCUUCGAGGAAGAAAGUCCCUGUUAAGGAUCUCCCACCUUUUGGUAUAAAUUCUCCACAAGCUUUAAAGAAAAUUCUUUCCUUGUCUGAAGAAGGCAGUCUGGAGCGUCACAAGAAACAAACUGAAGACACAAUAUCCAAUGCAUCUUCGCCUCCCACUUCUCCGCAAAGUUCUCCAAGAAAAGGCUACACUUUAGCUCCUAGUGGUACUGUGGAUAAUUUUUCAGAUUCUGGUCACAGUGAAAUUUCUUCAAGAUCCAGUAUUGUCAGCAAUUCUUCUUUUGACUCAGUGCCGGUCUCGCUGCAUGACGAGAGGCGCCAGAGGCACUCAGUCAGCAUCGUGGAAACAAACCUGGGUGUAGGGAGGAUGGAAAGACGUACCAUGAUUGAACCUGAUCAAUACAGCUUGGGGUCCUAUGCACCAAUGUCUGAGAGUCGAGGCUUAUAUGCUACAGCUACGGUGAUUUCUUCUCCAAGCACAGAGGAACUUUCCCAGGACCAGGGUGAUCGCGCAUCACUUGAUGCCGCUGACAGUGGCCGUGGGAGCUGGACGUCAUGCUCCAGUGGUUCCCAUGAUAACAUACAGACCAUUCAGCACCAGAGAAGCUGGGAGACACUUCCAUUUGGGCACACUCACUUUGAUUAUUCAGGGGAUCCUGCAGGCUUAUGGGCCUCAAGCAGCCAUAUGGACCAAAUGAUGUUUUCUGAUCAUAGCACAAAGUACAACAGGCAAAGUCAAAGUAGAGAGAGUCUUGAGCAAGCCCAGUCCCGGGCAAGCUGGGCAUCUUCCACAGGAUACUGGGGAGAAGACUCAGAAGGUGAUACAGGCACAAUAAAGCGAAGGGGUGGCAAAGAUGUCUCCAUUGAAGCUGAAAGCAGUAGCUUAACUUCAGUGGCCACUGAAGAAACCAAACCUGUCCCCAUGCCCGCCCACAUAGCUGUGACUCCGAGUACUGCCAAGGGACUUAUUGCAGCGCGAAAAGAGGGCAGGUAUCGAGAGCCGCCACCCACCCCUCCGGGCUACAUUGGAAUCCCCAUCACUGACUUCCCAGAAGGCCAUUCCCACCCUGCCAGGAAGCCUCCAGACUACAACGUGGCUCUUCAGAGAUCUCGGAUGGUUGCUCGACCCAGUGACCCCGCUGGACCUUCCCCUGUCCAGCAGCCACAUAGUCAGACAGCGAGUGGCAGGCCGGUGAACAAACCACAGUGGCAUAAACCCAACGAGUGUGACCCACGCCUUGCCCCCUAUCAGUCUCAAGGGUUCUCUGCUGAGGAGGAUGAAGAUGAGCAAGUGUCUGCUGUUUGAAGCACCAGCUUCUCCAGACCCAGAGUCAGCCACCCCAAGGAGAGCACAAGAUGACGUUCCUAGCGCUGGAGUCGUGGAACUCACGUUCUGAGGAUGGUGGACCAGUUUGCCUCCUUCCCUGCCUUAAAAGCAGCAUGGGGCUUCUUCCCCCCUACUUCCUUCCCCCUUUGCAUGUGAAAUACUGUGAAGAAAAUGCCCUGGCACUUUUCAGACUUUGUUGCUUGAAAUGCACAGUGCAGCAGUCUUCAAGCCCCCACUGUUGCUGCCUGCCACAUCACACAGUAUCAUUCCAAAUUCCAAGAUCAUCACAACAAGAUGAUUCACUCUGGCUGCACUUCUCAAUGCCUGGAAGGAUUUUUAAAAAUCUUCCUCUUAGGUUGCAAUCCAGUCCUAGCACUUGGUCUCAUUGGGAUAAUGAGCAAAGCUAGCCAUUGAACUACGUGGGGCCUUUAAUUCACCAAGGAAGACAAAGAACAAUGAAAUCCUUUGAGUACAGUGCUUGUCCACUUGUUUACAAUGUCCUUUAUUAUUUUCUUUUUCCUGAAGAAAAACGUAAGUUUAAAGAUUGUGUUGAGAGAAUAAAUAUUCUAUUCAUGUAAUGAUCACAGUAUUAUUUUCAACUUUUAAGAAGGGUUGCCAGCCUGGGUUUCUGAAAAACCAAAUAUGCCAGACAGAGUGUGGCCACACCCAGAAGAGGGAAGACCUGGCUGGGCCCCUGUCCUUCUGGCCUCGCCCCUGAAGUGCCCUAUCCUGGAAUAGAAAAUGUUCGCCAAUUUCUUAAACACCAAGAUACCUCACCCACGCCUGCCCCAGUGGGUGAGGCUCUGCAGACUGUUUGCACAUGGCCAGGGGAGGGAAAUGGGACUCUAGGGUCCUGUGUCUGAGCCUUAUGGAGCACAGGUCAUGUUAUUAAGAAGGCAUGCCCUGCUCCAUUGUGACAGAUGGCAAACCGAAUUUUUAAGUUAUAUUUGAUUUUUGUUAAGUUAGUUUUAGGGAUUUUUUUUACUUUUAAGAGAAAUGUUUAUAACUGGAUACCAUUGCAGUGAAAGCAGCUUAAGAUGUUGCAGCUAAUGCCAGCUGCAAUACCGCUCUUUCAAGACAGCCUCCCAUUACUGAAUUGGCAUUAGGAACUGAACAAGCCUUUGACACAAGAUCAAAAACCUGGUUAACAUGCCAGUGUUUGCAAUGUGGUUAGUCGCCAAAGACUGACCUGGAAGCGUUGUUCUAGGUGCAGAGGAGAAAGAAAGCCUGAGUGUAGCAGCCACCUGCUCACAGCUGCUAUUCACCUGACGAUGACUAGAUGACCCUCCACUCUAUUUUUGUGUUGUUUUUGCACAGACUCCGGAAAAGUGAAGGCUGCCAAUCCGAGUAGUACUCAGAUGUGAGGAACUGCUGGUCUUGGAUUUUUUUCCAUUAAAUUCAGCUGAUCAUAUUGAUCAGUAGAUAAACGUAAAUAGCUUCAAAUUUUAAAAGUCGAAUUACAGUGUUUUUUCACUGUAUCAAACAAUGUCAGUGCUUUAUUUAAUAAUUCUCUUCUGUAUCAUGGCAUUUGUCUACUUAUAUAUUAUUACAUUGUCAAUUAUGCAUUUGUAAUUUUACAUGUAAUAAGCAUUAUUUGCCAGUUUUAUUAUAUAGGCUACAGGCCUCAUGUGCAUAUAGAGAAAAAGAAAUCUAGCCCUAUCACAAGUUGCACAAAUGUUACCUAAUCAUUAAGUAAUUAUAGAACAUAGGACUGCUAAGCUCAGUUCGCUCUGUGAUGUCAAGUGCAGAAUGUACAAUUAACUGGUGAUUUCCUCAUACUUUUGAUACUACUUGUACCUGUAUGUCUUUUAGAAAGACAUUGGUGGAGUCUGUAUCCCUUUUGUAUUUUUAAUACAAUAAUUGUACAUAUUGGUUAUAUUUUUGUUGAAAUCGUAGAAAUGUACUAUGUUUAUGCUUCUACAUCCAGUUUGUAUAAGCUGGAAAAUAAAUAAAUAUAACAGACUA